CCCCCAACCAUGUCUGGCUUCGCUUAACAAGGCUAGCGCGUAGAGUCUCAACAAGCAUCACCGCCCCCCCAACGCCAAAAACUUGGGGGACCCAUUCCUUUUUUGCAGUGCUGCAGUGCUGUUGCUGGGCCCUGCUGUUGCUGAGAAGCUGCCACACCUACCUCUCCCACCCUAUCCAGCUCCCGACAUCGCGGUCCCUUUCUCGCUUGGAUCUGACCAUCCCUCUCCGUCCUCUUUUUUUUUUUUUCCCUUCACCUUCUUUUUCCCUUUUUUUUCAUUGCGCAACCAACCCUUCCCCCCAUCACACAAAAUGUUCUCGCGAGCCACCCGGUUAACAAGGGCGCUGCCCGUCCGUGUUGCUGCUGCCCGCGCCAGCCCUGUCACGGCUUCGCUUGCCCGGAGGACCGUCACCACCAAUGCCGCUUCGGCGCAGGUUGACAAGAGCUCCGUCCCCCAGUCCGAAGAUGAGCCCUUCCAUGUCACCCUUUCCGACGAGAGCUUCGAGACGUACGAGCUCGACCCCCCACCUUACCAGCUUGAGGUUACCAAGAAGCAGUUGAAGCAGAUGUAUAAGGAUAUGGUUGUCGUCAGGUAUGAGAGGCACAUGGGUUUUGGGAGGUCCGUGAUCUUUGGCUGA